AGCGCCAAGAAAAUCGCGGCAGCCCCAAUCCGGACAUAUCAAAUACAUUUUUUGGCACACGAGCCGCAUACCACGCAUCCGUCCCAACGCCGCUCCCUCGCACCACACCACCGCGAGGCCCUACAUCACGUCCGCCGGAAGAAUAUUUGCGAGGACUUGACCUGAGGGGUCGGAAUAAUCUGCAAUGGCUGGAGGGCGCAUGAAAUACCGCCAUCUCGGGCGCACAUCAGCACACAGACAGGCACUUCUCCGUAACCUGGUCACCUCCCUCUUCACACACGAAUCCAUCCAGACGACAUGGCCGAAGGCAAAGGAGGCGCAGCGGUUAGCUGAGAAACUGAUUACGCUGGGGAAGAAGAACACAGAGGCCAGCAAGCGGAGAGCGCUGAGCAUUUUCUUCACACCACACUCCCUCCUUCCUAAACUCUUUGGACCGCUUCGCGAACGCUACGCCGAACGCCCGGGUGGAUACACAAGGGUGCUGCGCAUCGAGCCGUUAAAGGGUGAUCAGGCGCCAUCAGCGAUCCUGGAGCUUGUCGAUGGGCCAAAGGACAUGCGCUUUGCCAUGACUGCAAGGACGCUGGCUAGGGUUCAGGAGGCUGGCCAGGAGGUAAACGACAUGACGGCGAAGAAUAUUUUGAAGGUUACGCGGUACAGACCAGAUGCCGACGCAGACCUGCAGAAGAUGGUGGCAGAUCUGAGGGAUUUGGAGAUUGAGGACCCGAAGAGAGAGAAGGGCGUGGAGAAGAGGUGGGGUGGAAAUAUUUAAGGGUAUUGAGGGAGAAUGAUGUUCUGCGAAUAUGUAUCAAUACUGGAAGGGAAAUAGUGCAAGGCACUUUGUAUGUACAGAUUAGGGACGGCGUCUAUUGUGUCGAUUAGAUUUCACAUGGAAGUUUAUAUUGUGGAUUAACAUAUUCAAGUCACAUAGCGAUGC